AUGUCUGGAAAUAGCACUCCAUCUCCUGAUAUGAAGACCCCGCCGACCUUUCAGAUCAAGGUUGCCAUCAUUGGCAAUGUGUCAGCUGGCAAGACCACUGUACUGAACGCUCUUUUUCGUGAUAAAUAUGGCGAAGUAUCCAUGAAACGAACCACCGCCGGUGUCAACGAAUUUGCCAUUUUGAGUCAAGAGGAAUGGGCAUCGGUUUCCGAUAGUCCACGUGAAUCCAAAUCGGUGCUCAAGGAAAUCACCGAGGACAACUUGGAGCUCCGAGCUAGCGAUCAAGUUCAGACAAAGCGAUUCGAAAUCGAGUUGGAAGAACCAUUGUGCGAGAUGCGCAAGGAUACCCAACUUGUCAUUGUGGACAUUCCCGGUGUCAAUGAAGCUGAUAUGAGCAAGAAGUAUAAAGAUUAUGUUGAAAAUCAUUGGAAUACCUUUGACUGUGCUGUGGUUGUGAUGGAUGGUCGUCAAGGUGUCAACACAGAAGAACAAGUGUCACUUCUUCGCUUUGUCAAAACCAACUUGGAAUCAAAGAAAGAUAUUCCAGUUGUGAUUUUGUGCAACAAGGUUGACGAUCCAGAUGACAAGGAGCAAGCGGAGCUUGUGCUCGAGGCUCAAUGUGAAGUGGAGAAGAUUUUUCGGGUCUCUGAUCGACAGAAGAGCCUUCAGGAUCUUUUAGAUACAGCCGAUGGUUUGAGCAUCCAAGUCUCGAAUGAAAACCAAGUUUUGAAUAGUACAUCCAAGAAACAGAAGAUUGGCCAUUCCGAACAUGUGUCACCCGUGUUCAUUCCAAUAUCUGGCAUAACUGCUUUCAUUUUCCAAAUCUGUUCCAGCAUGACCCUCAAGAAAUUUCGCGAGUUUGACGAGGAUUUGAUUGCCAAGCUUGGCCGUGAGCGUAUCGGGAAGAGGAAAUGGAAGAAGCUAUCGAAAGAGGAGCAGGUCCAGCAAGCCCAUAAAGCUGUGUCUGAUCCAGAGGGGUACCAAGAAGGCCUUGAGGAUAGCAACUUUCACAAGUUUUUGAAAGCCUUGUCGCUACUCGUCGGAGGAGAUGCCACACAAGAACAGCUUAUCAAGAAACAAAUCCAAGUGUUACUCGAGAAUAUUCCGUGCGGCCAUGGCAUGGUGUCUGUGCUGGAGAAAAUUCAUAAAAGCAGUGCUGCUCUAUCUGGAUGCGCCGACAGUAGCAUGACAGGUUCUGCGAAUGAUGUUCCAAAAAUCUUUUGGAAAGUCCAAGCCAAUCUUCGUGAGCGCUGUUUGGCUGAAUCGGAGCCCUUGGCUGCGUCGGAUGGUUUCGUUCCUCUCGCAAGUGAGUUGCUCAAGUACAAAGAGUUUGCACUGUCUUUGGGCUGGGAAGAUGAGGCGGAGUUGGCAGUUGCAAGUUUUGAAAAUGUUGUCCGGGAAUACUUGGAAUCCGUGAAACACAACCCUGGAUUUACAGCAAAAUUAAGAGCAGUUUACGGCUGCAUCAAGGAAACGUCGCUUGCCGAAGGAGAGCCUUCGACAAUUUCAACUAUAAAGCAAGACUUCAAACGUUUGUAUCAAGAACUGAAAGAAGAACGAUUUAAGCGUUUCACCAGAACUGACAAAGUCCACGAGCUUUCCGAUGUUGCAGAUGAAGUUAUCGAAUACAGCAGGCUUGCGAAGGAAGCAGGCUGGAAGGAUGAAGAAGCAUUUGCAAGAGAAACCUUCAAAGAAGUUGUGUUGGAGCAAGUUCGGACCAUUUGCGUGAAGGCGUGCCAACCCUCGCCAUCGAGUACUGGCGUCCAUUAUGGUAAUGCGGCAUGGGAAACAGGAUUCGAAAGCUUGGCUGGUGUAAAUUGGACUCGUCUGCUACGUUCUAUACUCCUCCUUCGAGCCAAAAAAGACUUUUACACCGAUUUCGGGAACGAGAUUGUUUGGAUGGAGCAGCUUGUUGACUACAAGAUUGCGAAUCAAAGUCGUUAUAACUUGCAGCUGCAGAAUACGGAAUCAGGUUUAGUCCAAAAUAAGAAUGGUGACUUACAGGAACCCUUGGUUAUCCCAAAAAGCUUUGAUGACCCAAAUCACUUUGGCCAUCUCGCUUGGAGGUACUGCCAGUUCAUGGAAGGUUCGAACAAAUAG